AAAAUUCUACAAGGCUUUGGUUCAUAACUUGGAACCCUUGCUCCAUCCAUUUCCUAGGAAAUCGAAGUUUUCGUGGAGGCCCCAAGGCCCGACGAAGAAUCAAAAUGGCGAACAGCAAUUUACCUCGUAGGAUCAUCAAGGAGACGCAGCGUCUUCUCAGCGAACCAGCCCCAGGAAUCAGUGCCUCGCCUUCAGAGGAAAACAUGAGGUAUUUCAAUGUGAUGAUACUUGGCCCGACGCAGUCUCCUUAUGAAGGAGGUGUAUUCAAGUUGGAACUGUUUUUACCCGAAGAAUAUCCGAUGGCAGCUCCCAAGGUUCGAUUCCUGACCAAAAUCUACCAUCCUAACAUAGAUAAGCUGGGAAGGAUCUGCCUUGAUAUUCUCAAGGAUAAAUGGAGUCCUGCCCUCCAGAUACGCACUGUAUUGCUGAGCAUUCAAGCUCUACUGAGUGCUCCAAACCCAGAUGACCCACUUUCUGAGAAUAUUGCCAAGCACUGGAAAACCAAUGAAGUUGAAGCUGUUGAAACAGCUAAGGAAUGGACCCGUUUGUAUGCAACUGGAGCAUGACCAUUGGAGUUUACUGCUUGCAAAUAUUAAAUAUAUGGUCCCUCCAAUGUAUAUUAAGUGAAUGAUUGCCUUAGUCUCCCAAUGAAAAUGAAAACAAGUGUUUGUUAUAACAGUAUGAUUUCCAAUCUUAUCUAAGCCCCGUACCUAUUGAAUUC